AUGUCGCUUGAUGCAAUGGAUGAUGUCAUGAUCCAGUAUGCCCGUUAUUACAUUUUAUAUUUGUUGGGCGGCGUGUUGCUACCGAACAAGGCCAACAACACAGUCCAUGUUCUCUACCUACCUUUGCUUGCCGAUUUUGAUGCCAUCAGCACUUAUAGUUGGGGGAGCACAUGUCUUUGUUGGCUAUAUCGAGCCAUGUGCUUGACAACAGAUUACACCGUCGAAGGUAUGGCUGGCUGCCAUACGUUGUUAAUGUCAUGGAUUUAUUACAAGCUAUCGUUCUGGGCACCAGAUGUUACGACGCCGCAUACCUUUCCGUUAGCUACAAGGUGGGCAGGAAAGAAGGGACACAAUGACUAUGCUGAGCAAGGCCUUCUUAGAAAUCGUCUAAGGUUGGACAAUUUGCAGGUGGACGAGUUUAAUUGGAUGCCGCACAUGGAUCCUCAUAUUCUGUCAAGAGUUUUCGCUGAAUUUCUCGGCCAUUCUCAUGGAGACUUCUACCACCCGGUUGUACCUCUAAUAUUAUUCCGGUGGAUUGAGAUUCUCAAUAUCAACAGGGUAUUGCGUCAAUUUGGGGGAAGACAAGGACCACCAAGCCUUUCGCUGAAUAUGAACACAUUCCAUCGACAGUCAGCCCGAAAUGAUGAUGGGUGGUGGCCCAUCCGCCUGUUAACUUGGUUUAAGAUAUGGGUUAGCCGUCAAACUGAGGCAUAUCGCCUGCACAUUAAUCGGGCCAACACCUUGCGUCCCGGUCAGGAUUACUAUAGAUGGUAA